UUGCUUCUAUGCUAUACCCAUAUAAAUGUUCAUAAAGUAACAUCGUUGACACUUUUUGUAAACACAUUCAGCAAUGGAAAAUCAGAGCCAUUAAAACCUCUCCUGCAUCAUCAGGAAAGAAGACAAAAGGGAUAAAACAAAACUUGUGUGUCAUGUAUUCAAUGGCAAUGGAAUCAUCAAAAGGGUACUCACACUAUACAAAGGAGGAUCUACACAUCAUGAAAAGCAAAAGCAAGAAGAACAACACACCAAGAGAAAUUGAAAUGGAAGGCAAAGGUUUAGGAGAAGUGAGAAGGCUUCACAUCAUUUACUUCCUCAGUCAGAUAGGUGGUCGUGCAGAUCAUCCUCAUCUAAUUCGUGUUCUUCAUCUUACUCGUAAUGGGGUUUAUCUCAGAGAUGUCAAGAGAUGGCUUGGGGAAUUGAGAGGGAAAGACUUGCCUGAGGCAUUUUCUUGGUCCUACAAGAGAAGGUACAAGAGUGGAUAUGUGUGGCAAGACUUGCUGGAUGACGACCUCAUAACCCCCAUCUCUGACAAUGAAUACAUCCUCAAAGGAUCACAAAUCCACACUACCCCAUUUGCAACAACUCCUUCACUAGAAGAAAAGAAAGCUGCAGUUUGUGAUAUCAAUGCUGAAAAGAUGUGUCCUCAGUUACAAGUUGUAGAGGACAAAGAACACCAGCAUCAGCAGCAGCGGAAGCCGCCACAGUCUCUAGCAGAAGAAGAAUCUCAGGUUCAAACAGACCAGAAUUCGAAAACAAAUUCUCCAACAAAAGGGUCAUCAGAAAUCAGUCAGGACUCGUUGGUCUUCAGCUCAGACAGGUCGUCUGUGACAGAUGAUGACUCUUCUAAGGUUGAAGAAGAGAAGCACUUAGACAUCACAAGAGGCAAAGAGAGUUUCAGUGAAAUGCACCAAGAGAAAUUAGAGACUUGCUCAUUGCCUUCCCUGUAUCACAAUCUGUUGAGUAAGAAAGGCAUUCACAAAGAUGACCAGAAUAAGACUCACUCACCUGAUUCAUCCCUGUCCACCAUAUCCUCAUCAUCAUCUCAAUCAUCCUUCACUAAGAUCAGAAGCAAUUCUACUAAAGUCUCUAAUAUUUUUCGAAAUUGGAUCACUUGUGGCACAGUGGAAACAAAUGAUGCAGCACUCAUCCUGAUGAACCCGGGUCAAACAAAAAUUUCGAAGGAACCCAGCAACAUGCCUGAAACAAAAGCUGAGAUUUGUAAGGGAGACCGGUUGGGAGGAUCAGAGAGGUGCUUUAGGACUUCUUGGGGUCAUCAAGACCAGAAACAGCAAUAUGGCGCAAGAAAAAGCUUUGAUGGAGAGGAAACAAACAGGAGCAGGAAAAAGUUAGGCGACUUGCUUAAUCAAAGCUCUUGCAAACCAUUUGGUGGACCAAUUUGCUCCUCUGUUGAAGAUCAAUAGGAUACAAUAUUAGGACUUGUGAGGACCUGCUUGAGGCUCAGCUAAAUGAGGUGCAUGGAGACCAGAAAAGCUGCACUAGACUGUUAGUUAUUAGUCUAAUAAGUAUGAACAAUAUUAAAACAUAUAUACUGAAACGACAAGUGGCAAAAGUUUCCAACAAAGAGGCCAGUGAAGUGAAGAUUCAGGGUGGUUGUAUAAGUCUAGUCAAAGUCCAUAAUUUAGAUUUUCUUGUAAUAAAAUAUAAAAUACGAAAAAGGGUUGACAUUUAUUAGCAGAUUGUGAUGUUUACCAACUUUUGGCUGCGGGGUCUAGUGUUAAAGAUUUCACAGUUGUUUCAUGCAUCUCAAUUAAAUGUGAGUAGUGUAGUAUGUAUGAGCUAUGUGUACUUGAUGCCCAUAUGUUUCGAGAAACUUUCAAUUUCA